AUGUCUGUUACUGCUAAAAUUCAAUCUCAGAUCAGUUAUCCAGAUCACAGUGGUAUGAACCUUACUGAUAGAAUUAAUCAGAAAAGAUCAUCUGCAAGUGCAUUAGAUGAGAACGUCAAUUUACAGCAAUUAAAUCAUUCUACUCAAUCACAUUACGAAGAUCCAGCUACAAGUACAUAUUUAAGGCAUACAAAAAAAUUAAGAUUGACUAAUAAUAUUUCAAAUCAACAGCUACCUAUUUUAGACAUUGGCAACAGAUCUUCUAAUACUUCUCCAUAUUUAAAUAAUAAAAAUAGCAUGAAAUCAAUUAUUGAUGAUCAACAAAAUUAUACAACUUCCCACCAUCCUAAAGGUGGGAUGGCUAUUCCACCAACCACUACACCUCCAACAACUAUAACUCCAACUGGAACUAAUCCUCCAAAUUCAGCACCUUGUAUGAUUGGUAUGCAUUCUGUAUCGAAUGAUACUUCAGCUCAUAUUAAUUCUUUAUCUGUUCCACAUCAGCCAAUCCCAAUCCAAGCUACUUCUGUUAGUAAAUCACCAAUUUUAAGAGAAGUUUGUGAUAAAUGGUCUCAUGAAGUUGAAACUGCUUUUAUUAAUGCAUUAAGAUUGAUUCUAAAGAACGGUACAUAUAAGAUUAAGCUAUUAGAUAAAAAUUAUGGUAGAAAUGAGUUGAUUUCCAUUUAUAUCCAAUAUAAGACUGGUGAAGUUAGAACUAAGAAACAGAUCUCCUCGCAUAUUCAAGUAUGGAAAAAGGCAAUCUUAAAUAAGAUGGCAAACGGUGUACCAUUAUCAGAAUUAGAAAAGGAAGUUUUAAGAUUAAUUGAACACGGUGUACAGCAGAAUGAACACACUGUUAAAUUAUUCUAUUCAGUUUUCGAAGGUAUUAUAGAUCCAUGGUCUAAACAAAGUGAUGACUUGAAAGUUAGUAAGAGUACUAAUAUUAAUAAUAUUACUGGUAUUAACGGCCAGCCUACGCAACCUCAAAGCCAUCCAAUUUCUAUUUCAAACUCUGCAUACAUGUUCAAUAGAAAUGAUUCAAUAUCUAGUGUAACAUCUACAGCUAAUGACAUUGGCCCUAAUAGAGCAAGUAUUGCUUCAGUUGCUACUACAGCAAGAACAAGCGUUGCUUCUGUAGGCAAAUUACCAUCUUUGCCAGGACAAAUGUAUCACAACAACGUCUUAUAUUCUCCUCAUCAUGAAAAUUCUUAUGGUACAAACCCAUAUGUGACGAAUUCUAAAAAUCCAAAUCCUUCAGUCGUAUCUGCUGUUGAAGAUCCUAUAAAUGAAAAUAGAAGAGUUUCUAUGUUCAAUUCUAUGUAUCAGAAUCAAGGAAAUCAUGAGGUUAAUCCAAUUUAUCACAACCCAUACUAUGUUAACCAAGGAAAUAUAAAUACUGCAUCGAGUACAGUGGCAACACAAGCUACUGCUUCUACUUCAACAAAUACUAUAAAUUCAGGUUCAAUAAAUGGCAAUGCCGUCACUCCAGUAAAUGCUCAAACAGCACCUGGUCAACCUACUUCAAUUAACCAAUCUAAUCAAAAUACAUCAGAAAUGAAUGGUAGUUCUUAUAACCAAUUAAAGUUGCCACCUGUUUCAUCAAUACCCUCAUUUAGAUCAAGUUUUACACAUCCAAGUACAGCACCAAUAGUUUUGUUACGUCAAUCAUCUCAGUCUAACACUAAUGCUACUACACCAAGUCAAAGUCCACCAAAAAAUGGACCAGUAACAUCCUUACCACCACCACAAAAUAUCAUAUAUUCAAAUGAUGGAAUGUAUUCCAAAGCAUAUGUUCAAGAUAAACCUCAACCUCAACAAUACCAACCAGUAGUUAUGGCCCAGGCUCCAUAUCCGGUUAGAUCACCUUCUUUAAAUCAAACAUAUAAUGAACAAAAUGUCAUUUUAUCUCAGUCGAAAUCUCACGUACAAUAUGUCCAACAACCAGUUACUCAACAGGGAAUUCCAAUCCAACAGGUUGUAGGUUCUCAAGUACAUGCUUAUCCACAACCGGAGUAUGUUCCUAGAUAUAAGUGA